AUGAGACUUUCAUACCCAGCCAUUCAGCUUCUGGCACUUUGCCGAUUUGCUUCAGCUUCACCAUGCAAGCCCUCAUCUUUGUCGAGUGACUCUGUCAUGCCUACAAGCACUGAUAUCGAAUUAUCAGCAACGCUAUCAACAGCAAUAGCCACAUCUACCACUGUAGACCACAGCGUGACAGUUUCCGAGACCGAAUCAACCUCCGGCUUGACUGAGUCCAGCGCUCCAGUGUCAACUUCGAUUGCUGAGCCAACGACCACAGCUGAAGCAACAGCAGACGUAUCAGCUUCAGUGGAUGUAACGACAACCACCACUACUGCCCCUAGCAGCGAUGUCGAGACUACCAUCGCUGGAGAAACUACAACCUCUGUAGAGGCUACCACCACAGACAUCACGGCUGCCACAACAACCGCAGACACAACCCCAGAUAGCCCAACGACUACGAGCGAAGUCCCAAAGCCGACCAACUGUGCUGAUUUAAAUAGCCCAUACACAGACACCGGCGGCCUCAGUUACAGCAUCUCCUGCAAUGUUGAUGUAAGCAGUUACUCUAUAUCCAGUCUGAUCUCUGGUGUAUCUAAUUUCGUCGCUUGUAUCGAGGCUUGCUCGCCAGAGACUGACUGCGUUGCUGCAAACUAUGACAAGGGCAGUCGCCUCUGCUAUCUACUUUCAGUGGCUGAAGCACCAUAUGAUACCCCUUUCUAUGACACUGCAUAUAAGCAAGCUCAAUAA